UUUCCGGUGCCUGGCCAUUACUUCCGGUAGGGUGACCUUGCCCGGGGCGAUGGAAAUGGCGGCAGUUGUCAGGCGAACUGUGAUCUGUGGACGCGGCUUUAAGCCAAUGAUCUUCAGUAAAUCAUUAGUGGUUGGACCUCUUCUUGCUUCCAGAAAGAUCCAUCAGCCUCCAGUGCUUCUGACAUCACAGAUUCAUACGUCUCCCAGCCAUUUGACUGGUUCGAAAGCUGCGUCUCUACAUUGGACAAGUGAGCGGAUACUAAGUGUCACGUUAUUGGGCCUUAUACCUUCUGCCUAUUUCUAUCCGGGAACUGUCAUGGAUUACUCAUUGGCUGCAGCUGUUACUCUCCAUAGUCAUUGGGGUCUUGGGCAAAUACUUAUAGAUUACGUACACGGAGACACCAAGGUGAAGCUGGCCAAGGCAGGCCUCCAUGUCCUGUCAGCAGUCACUUUUGCUGGCCUGUGCUACUUCAAUUACCAUGAUGUGGGAAUCUGCAGGGCUGUUGCAAUGCUCUGGAGCCUCUAACAUAUUAAUUAAUUGUGGUACCAUACUUUCAGCUGAACCAUUUCUGGGCUCACUUUGAUUUUUUGAAUGAAUAUAUAUACAUCCUAUAUAUUUAAUUUUCUUGACAAAUCACGUUAAUUAUUUCUUUAAAAAGAGCUGACAGAAUGGAAACAUUUUUCGAAUGUAUCUUUGAAACCUUUAUUUACACUGAUUGUAGAUGUUGCCUUAUGUCAACCAGUCAUACCCACCAGCCUUGUACAUAAAUUGUACUUGUGUUUUUUCCACAGCCUCCACGACCCCGGUGUGUUCAAGUUCCCAUUGUAUACAACUCCAAAGAUUUUUUGAAUCAAGUCCAAAGGGGCUUGUUUCACACAAUUGUACAAAGCAGAAUUGAUUUGAUUCAAAACUAUACAGAUAUCAUCAUUUUAUUGGGCCCAAGUUUUGUUUUUAACAAGUAUUUACCACAAAGCAGGCAUUCUGUUCAUUUGGUCUGUGCUUGUGUUUAUGUUUUGCACUUGCUGCCUCCAAGCCAUUUCAUCUUAUCCUAGUACUUAUCUCUUGCAGUUAUAUAGCCUCCUGUUAAAUGCAUUCUUGCACUAAUCCAUAUGAUAGUGAGUUUUAAUUUUAAUUGUCAGGAUAACAUUUUAAUCAUCAUCGGGGUAAAGAAGUUGCUCAAUUAUUCAGUUUUCAUGACUUGUUUUCAUUUUGUCUGUUUGUGAAAUCAAGAUGUGGAAACUUCCCUUUCUGCUCCCUUGCCACUUUGCCUUGUGAAGUCUGCGUAUUACUGGAGACUCAAACCCACAAGUGUCUUUUUAUUGUUUAGCAACAGUUAAUUACAACAUAAUCAGAAUGCUUUGCAAGGCAUGUUGCUGUUUCAAGUGACAAAACUUAUUGAUGUUCGCAACUUGGAUGUUUUUGACAAGAUGAGGAUGCAUGAACCAUCAGUUCUUGUUUCAUCAUUGGACCCUGACUGGACCUGUGCAAACUGAGAUGGUGCUCUUUCCACCUUGUGAAAUAGGUUUGGCAAGGCCCACAUCACAGAAUUAGUUGAAAUUCAGCACUAAUUAAAACAAUUAAUCUAAUUAAUUUUCAUUUUAACAAGAAAUAAAAAUGGGAUGUGAGAGGAUUACUGUGAUGGGGAGGAGGAUAUCUGAUUGCUUGCCUGAUCUGUGGGGGUCGGCCAGGUGGUCUCUGUUUGGGUGCGGACCCAUUACAGAAAGAGUGAAUUUUGGUCUCUGCUUGGCACUGUCCCACCUGUUGAGCGAAUGUUUCUUUAUAACAUUUUGGUUCCAGAAAUAGAAAACCUUUUAAGUUAACUGCAACACAGACUUCACUUGCUGUAAGUGUUUCAACAAAAGUAUUUGAAGGAUGAUUGUAUGAUCAAUUUUGAAUUUAGUUUUUAAAAAAUAAUCCUUUGUUUACUAGUAGUGAUCACUAAAGUAGAUUAUCUAAUCUUAAACAAUGAGGUUACGGGAAUCUGCUGAGAAAUUUGGGUGUUGUAAUUCCUAUGUUGCAACAUCACCUGCCUCAAAAGUAUUUAAUUGGGUGCAAAGCUUUUGCACAACCUAAAGGUGCUAUAAAAAUGCAAGUCUUCUGGUAUUAAAACUGAUGAACAGAGGAUCUCAAGGUAUGCAGGCCAGGAAUUUGCCUGUCCCUUUCUGUACCAAAAAAGUGGACUUGAUUGUAUAGUCAUUUACACAGUUUGCUCCCAAAAUAGAACCUGCUGCCAACAGUGGAAAAAACAACAACAGUAGAAUAAAAUAAUGGGGAGUAUUAGCUGUCAUUUUUGGGAAAUGGAAAGUGGGCAUUCCGAGUUUUGUUUCAUAUUUUUGAGUAGAACUACAACAUAUAUUUGGGAGUCUUAGCCAAGAAUGAAAUUUUGUUCGGCUGUGAUAUUCCUUCAUUGAGUAACCAGUUCACAUCCCUUGUUCAGGCAAACGUUAGAAGAAAGAUUUGGUUGAGGGUUAUAUCCUAGAACCAUAACCUAGCUGCCUUUGCAAGGAAGAGAAAUUUAAAAUACUGUAUUACACCUUUAUGAUACACUGUUUAGGAAUGGCAGUCUGUAGGUCAGAUACUAACCAGUUUCAUUGUCAUGUAUUGGGAUGUUUUCUAAAUCAUUUAAUUCAACAACACCUUAUUGAUUACCCCAUUAAACCAAACAUGACUUUUAGAAGUCGAAGACAACUGUGUGGCUUGUCAAUUUUGCAGCACCAUCCACUACGAUCGUGGCUGCUUCUGCCUCAACUUUCCAACCAGCUCCCAUGUCCUUAAAUUCUUGAAGACAGCAAAAAUCUAUCUUCCGUCAUGGACUAUUCAAAACCUGGGAAGGUAAUUCCAAAGAUUGGCUAUAUUUUGGGUGAUUUCUCCUCCUCUCAGUUCUAUGUAAUUGACUCCUUAUCUUGAGACACUGCUCCCAUAAUUUAGGUUCCCUCCCUAUGGGAAGCAACCCUAUCCGUGUGGCAGAAUAUCAUUUCAGUUUAUUGUAGAUUUGUGACAGGUGUUGCUGAAUAUAGGAAAAAACCUUGGCAAAAAUAAGAUUGCUUUUCCUCAUUUGUAGAAAGAGAGAACCUGUUAAAUGGUAUACGUGGUGGGUAGAAGUAGCAAGCUGUUCUUGUAAUAUCCAGUGUCAUUCAUAAUCUCUUAUACAGAUUACAUUUAAUGCAUCUGAAUCCCUUGGUCCAAUUGCAGUGAAUCUUUUCAAUCUUGAGGAUCAUCAGUCUUUAUAAGAGUCUCAAACUAGCUGCUCUUAAUAUGUGGCCAAAUAUAAACAACAACCUUCUUGAAUUUCUAAUGCUGCAUAUCAUUAAACUGCAAAAAAAUUUCCACCAUAAUCUGAGUGUAAAUGUAGGGACUUAACUGCUAUUUCACUGUCUGCUUUACGCCAUCAAUGUUAUGCACGUGGUCAAGCAAAUGAGUAAUCUGCAGUUUGGUGCAGGCUGAUUUGCAAUCUGUGAUUUCAACAUGCAGUACAAAUGCUGUUAGCAUUGGGGGAAAUUGAGUGAAAGAAAGAAAUGUCUUCUCCCCCAAGUUCACAGUACAUUCAUGGGAAACUUGCAUCAGCGGCUUUUUGCUGUGAUUAUAGUUUCCUCUCUCGUCAUUUGUGUUUGAUACAAAGACAGACAUCCGGCUGCAACCACAAGCCUUUUGACCGGCUCAGAGGACCUCAGGUGGUAGUGUUUGCAGUAUGGCUAAGGGCAUUGAGUAUUAUAAGGAUUGACAUUUUAUAUUCCAUAAUGCACAAUCUAUCGUCCUGCAAUGAAGCUGGAGCAGUGAGCAACCUGGUGUCUGUAACCUAGUGACCUUUACAAGGUCACUUACAAGCUAAAUUUAGAGGUCAAUUAGAUCCUAAAGACAGGCUUUUCUUAUACACAAAAAAAAAGACUGAAUUUGCCACUGAAGUAUGAAAGAUGUAUAUCAAAUAUAAAUGGAAAGUCAAUGGGGAACACUGGUCAAUAAGUGGUCUGCCCACAUCAACUAAUUAACUGUUGACUAGGUUGAAUCUUUGGUGUGCAAUAUUGAUGAUUUUCUGCGUAGUGCUCAGCUGGGCCCUAUGGCUAUGUCAUGACAAAGCCAGUGAAAUCUCUGCAUUCAAUAUUACCCUUCCUUCAAUUGAAUACAUCAGAUCCAAAUGUAGUUUCCACAGAUGCAAUACCAUGUUGUAUUUGAAUCAGAUUUGCAAAGUGAAACUGCUCUCCUUCCAACUUAAUUGUGUCUUUUGACAGGUCAAAUCUGUUCAAAUGCUGUAACAUUUUGCAUAUUGAGUAUAGCCAAUAUCUCAACCAGUGUAAAUGUAUAGUACAUCCUUUAAAAACUAUUUAAAGAGGAUUGUUUGUUAACAAGUGGUAGUAUAUAGUAGAAAAAUCAGCAAUCCUGGAUGUUUGAAAUGUUGAAAAAUCAGUUUCCAUGAUAGUUAUUACUGGACAUUUCUACAUUCAUAUAAAUAGUUAACUUCUUUGUACAUAAUUUGUAAAUUACAGCUUUAAGCAGUUACCAAGUAGCACACCAAUAACAGUUGAAACCAAGUUAGAAUAAACCAAUGAACUCAAUUGAAACAAUGACUUUUUAUUGCAGUGUUUUGGGGCAGGCCAGGACUUGAAGCUUUGCAUGAGAUAUCCUUAACUUAGCUAAGAAUAGCAACUAAUUCCUAUCUUUCCCCUCAAACUAGCAUUCACUUUUUUUUUUAAACCAUUUGGUAUGCCUUCUCCUAGGUAGAGUCCAACCAUGGAUAAAAGCCAACCCAAUUCAACCUUACUGAUGAGAAUGAAGAACCCCUACCUAUUGAGACAAGUCCCUUGCUAGAUCUUAAUCUAGUGUUAAGAGCUAAUGCCUGAUCUCAACCUAACUCUUCAUAUUUGUUGGAGUAGAUGGCCUACUCUUGUCUACCCUAAGUCCUACGUUUCUUUGGCUUCAGAGGGGAAUAAUACUCCUGAACCAAUGGUCACUUGGUUUAGAGAUGAGCCACUCACUGGAGGACAAUCCAGUAUUUAGACUCGAUAUUCUAGUCUUGACUUGCCAGGACAGGCUGAUGUGAUACCAGAACCCCUCAGCUUCUGACAGAGACGUAACAACAUUGCCAGUACACUAAAAUCUACACUCAUACCCAGCUCAAAUCUGCUGGAGGCAUUUUUUAAAUAAAAAAAUAUGGCAAAUUAUUUUGUGGCAAAAUAGUGUACUUUUGAACUUCUCUACAUUCUCUGACAAAAAGGUUACCUCCAUCUGAAAAAUUAACUUUCUGCAACCAGACCAGCUGAGAAUUUCCAGAAGUUUGUUUUGUAUAAUAUAUAAGCACACAUACUUGCCACCUAUUCUAGUGAGAAUGGAAACAAGAUUCUUAGUUAUAAAUAUUUUCCUUGAUUGUUAUUUUUGCCUCAAGAAAUUUCAUAGUAGUUACAGGUCUUAAAUCCUUCACAAACCACAUGAUGACUGCUGAAAAUGUCUUGACCAGACUGCAUUUAUGCAUUACAAUCAAAUUAAAAGGUUGUUUGCCCCUCUGCCUCACCUCACAUCAAAAUGUGAACAGCUAAUACCAGGUCAUAAACAUAAUCAGUCGAACCCAGAAGUGUUAACUUGAGUACAGCAUUGGUUAGAGGACCUCCCUAUCCAUUAUAAGUGAAUAUCAGUGAUGAGAACACUUGCUGUAUUGGAGAAAUCAUUGGUACAGAUGAGCAAUGCUGGGCAGAGGACUUGAGUUUAUUGCCCCACACACAUUUACUACAGGUAAAUGAUCCAGCCUCAUUGAAAUAGAUUCAAACUGAAGUUCACUUAGUUGCAUCUGAACAGGUAAGUGAUAGGCACCAUAGAUUUUAAAAUCUGUGGCAGAUAAACCUUAUAAAAGUAUUUAAGCAACUUUACAGGGAUUUUCCUGACUUCAAUAUGUAAGAGUAAUUGACACAACUCACUAUGAUCUUCACCAGAUGUGAAAGUAUCCAAUCAAAAUGUUAAUUAGUUCCUUGCCUGCUGAAGAAACUUUUUUUAAAAAGCAUCCUUAACCUAGUAGAGUUCCAGAUUAACACCUUGGUAUUCGAGCAAAUGUUUUGAUUUACAUUUUCCUCAGCAGCUACUCUGUACAUUUCUUUUGACAAAUUAUUGAUAAUUAUUACCAAUCUGGGGAAACAAAAAGGUGAUGCAGAUCCUAAAAUAACUGCAGUGUGAAUUAAAAUGUACAGGUAACUAACUACCUAACAAAUUGUUUCAGAGAUAGUAGGAACUGCAGAUGCUGGAGAAUCUGAGAUAACAAGGUGUAGAGCUGGAUGAACACAGCAGGCCAAGCAGCAUCAUCCUGCUCCUCUGAUGCUGCUUGGCCUGCUGUAUUCAUCCAGCUCUACACCUUGUUAUACCUAACAUCAAAUGUCUGCUUGGAGUCAGUCAUUCUCGAGUGGUUUGCUUUUUAGUGGGUGGGGGAAAACAUGUCUCCUCAUUUUUAGGAUUCUGAUUGGUCUGCUGUUUCCAUUAUUCUACUUUUCUGCACGUGGUGACAACUCCAGCAGUGUUCUUUCAUCAACUUCCUCUUUCACCUCCUUUAAUGCUAAUUUAUAAAGUCCAUUUUCAUACUCUGUACACAACCAGUAACCACGUGCUAGCUCUGAUUCAAACAUUGAGAAUUGUCCUUUGUGACCCUGCCUGUAGAAUAUGAUGUUGCGGUUGCUACCAUCCACUGUUGUUUCUUCUGGAGCAUUCUGUUCCUAAUUUUAAGAAGAAAAAAAAAUUGUUACAGCUUAUCCAGGGCAAUUUAUUUGAAGUCUAUAGUGCAGCAUUUCACUAAGAAACUAAAUAGAAUAAGGAGCAAAGAAACCAGAGAAUGCAGAUACAGGAAUCAUUAAAAUUCAUGAGAUGAGUUCUUAAGGGCAUUAAGAGUACUGGGUUCACUGAGAGGAAGAGAAUACUUCCUUUAAUUUUGUAAUGUUAUACUUUGAGCACCUGGAAGUCUGAAAUGACAAUUGUACAUGCUACCAGUAGCCCUGUAAAGUUGUCCUUUUUAACAUCAAGGUUUGCGCCAAAACUGGGUGAGUUGUCCCACAGACAAGUCCUGGAACCUCUGUCCUAAUAGUACUGUCGCUGUAUCAACACUGCUUGGACUGCUGCAGUUCAAGAAGUGGUUUCCCAUCACCCUCUUUCCUUAACAGCAAAAUGUGCCUCCCAUGAAUGAAUUAAAACUCAUGGAGAUAUUAAAGCUAAGGACAUGGUGCCCAUUCCCAUGUGGAAUGAAAAUUUGCAUCUCCUCAAUUGUCUACCUGCCCGAGGGGCUAUUUCUGACUCCUGGUAGAUUAAAAGCAAUUGCAGCACCCCUAGCCCAUUAAAUGUCAAGUUCAGUUUGAGACCCUCUUUGUAUAGCUUUCAGCUGGCUGCUGAUAUGAGUGGAAGAAGGGUAACGUUCAGUUUCUUAACCCCAUUAUCCCUCCUGCUGAAUACUGGAAAACAUGCCUUGAGGAUGCACGUGGAGGUUUAUUGUAAUAAUCUUAGGACUACACUCACCAGAAAUUCAAUACUUUUGGACUCAUUGCAUGACAUUUGAUAUCUCUUUGAGUUGCACUGAACUACAAAGGAAACUGGAAAUAAAAUAUCCUUGAAUCCA